CAACCACCAUCAUCAUCAACUUCAUCUACCACAUUAAAUCAACAAACUUCAGCCACAUGUACUCAACCACCAUCAUCAUCAACUUCAUCUACCACAUUAAAUCAACAAACUUCAGCUACUUGUACUCAACCACAACUAGCAAUUAAUGCUGUAAAUUAUGCAACAAAUAUCAUCAAUGAUGACACAGAUGAUGAACUACCGGAUAUCUCAUUUUAUUCAGGAACACCAACUUCUUCAUUAUUGUGUGUACGUGUAUGCCAUCUUAUGAAAUAAGCGAUCUUUUUACUUGCAGAUAACCUUCAAGAAAAGUAAAAAAGCUGAGAGCUUGGAAGAGAUUCUAGUUCGCUUGAAUAGUCAGAUAAAAAAUGAGAAAAACAUCAUCAAUGUAAGCCGAGGUGAUGUUUUGUCUGGAACAAGGAGAGCGUUUUCCAGAAAAACCUUCAGGCCCGAAUUCGGUUUAAGCGUCAAAUUUUCAGGGGAAAAUGGUAUCGAUAAUAUCCAGAGAACUUUUACAACUUCUAAUGAGCUCUAUAAAAGAUUCACAAGUGUUUCAAGGGUCAGAGUGUAAAAUGCUCUGUCCUGAUAUCCCCAGUGAAGAAAGAGAUGAUUACAGACUGUUUGGAAAAAUCAUAUCAUAUUCAGUAAUUCACCGUGGUCCAGUGCCAAGAUUCUUUUCUGGAAUCCUUUAUGAUCUGAUAGCUUUUGGCUCUUGUGAACCAAAAUUGGAUGACAUAGUAGAUUAUCAAAUCAGAGAACAAAUUAAAGAGUUGUCAAGGGCAGAUGAUGUAAUAAUGUUACAAGAGGCUGCUCAGCCUCUUAUUGGCCAUAUAGACUUUUUAGGAGCUAUACCUCUUAUAUUCGAUGUAAAAAAUAAAGAAAGUCUAGUCACAUUAUUAACACGGUAUUUUGUUGUGGACAGGGUAAAAGGAGUACUGAAUCAGUUCUGUGAAGGGAUGGAUUCUUUAGGUUUGAGAAAGGAAAUAAUUAAAAAUCCAGAAGUCAUGAGAGAACUUUUUGUUUUCUCGUAUGAAAAAUUGUCGUCCAUUAAUAUUGAUCACCUGUUUACUCCGGUUUUUAGCGAAAACAGCUUUUCGCUUGAACAGGAAUUAAACAGCCAUGCUCAUUGGAGAGAUUUUCUUCUGGAUCUUGAAGAAACAGAUGAACUGGGUAGUUUGUUAUCUUUUGUGACUGGUUUAAAGGACAUACCUCCACUGGGAUUCAACCCACCACUAAAGCUACUGUUUAGACACCCAUCUUUUGAAUGGGACAUUGCCCCGUUUGCAAAUACUUGUGCUAAUACCCUUAACAUUCCAGUGUUAAAAGAUUAUGAUGCAUUCAAAACUGCAAUGGCCAUGUCUUUAAGAAUUGGCAAUAUUUUUACUGACGCUUAAAAUAUUAACUUGCCUUUUUCUGUUUUACCCAGUCAGUUUGAAAGU